AUGUCGGCAUUGGCUGUGAGAGCACCCUCUCUACUCCCAUCUCCAGGAGGCGCGGUUUGGGAGGAUAGACGGGGACCGGAAUUCAUCUCAAGGCCACGAGCAGAGACGUUACCAUCAGAGAGAGUUGAGCUGCCCUCUAUUCGACAGGCAAUUCCAGAGAUCCAUCAAGUACGAGGUACAUGGACAGAGCCUGACUAUAGAACGGAGUCUGUCCCAUACUCCCCUCCGGAAAGGCUCGGGGCUUCGAUCGCACCUGAAUAUGUUCAAUCACCAUACAAACGACGAAGGCUUUCAAGUCAGGAAGACGCUUUUGAUGCAAGAGAUCCUGUAGCUCCAAGGCUCUACAAAAGCCCUCCAAGACCUUAUCAACCUCCAAGUGCCACGGUCUCACCAAGGAGCGGUUCCCGCAGAACAAGUAUAUUCUCAACGUCUGAGUCUUGGACAAGUUCUGCCCAUACGAGCCCACAUAUGAGAGGACAAAGUGUUUCAACGAUGCGAUCACCACCUCCAUUUGACUCCUCAUCGAUUACUCAAUCAAAAUGGCGGCCUAAGUUACCUAGUCUUCCAGCACUUACCUUCGAAGCACCGGCAUCUCAAGCUCCAAGAGCACCUAGCACUUGGGGCGAAUAUACCCCCGAAUCCGCUCGUUCGGGAGCACCACCUUUCAACCAUCAGUCAACUCCGCCACUGACAUUCCAGUACCAGCCUCAUGGGCUAUCUUACUCCGGACCAUCGACGAGCUUUCCCGUAUCCCACGACCGAACUCCUUUCUCAAAUAGCCACCACUCGGGUUUCCCCGCAGGUUUCCAGUAUCCCAUGGAGGUGAACGAGAUGGGGAACGAUAGCAAGCAGAGAAAGCGGCGAGGAAACCUGCCGAAGGAGACCACCGACAAAUUGAGAGCGUGGUUCGUGGCACACCUGCAGCAUCCGUAUCCUACGGAGGGCGAAAAGCAGGAGUUGAUGCGGCAGACGGGUUUACAAAUGAAUCAAAUCUCCAACUGGUUCAUCAAUUCCCGUCGACGCCAGCUCCCAGCUAUGAUCAAUAAUGCAAGAGCCGAAUCAGACGCAAAGUCAGCAAGAAGCGGCGAGGGCAAGACAUCUGGGGGGAGUACAGGUGAUUGUGGAGACGAUAGAGGGAAGAGGAGCAGUCCUUCAGGGGACAGUGAUGGAGAUGGGAGUGGCUACGAUGAGGAAUAUGAGGGCCCCGGGCGGCGGAGCGGAGCACAGAGAAUACAAGAGAAGGAGAGCACAUGA